CCAAUCAGAUGACCGUAAUGGCAUCAAAACACAAAAGCAUCCCCCCCAAUACCCCCGAAAAUAUAUUGUGCGACUGUGGCAUCUGUUUAUCAAGUAACCAAGUGACACUGUCUGUGAGUGGAGAAGAUCUGACCUCUUGCUGAGCGGAGAAAGGUUACUGUAGUGACCGCACUGACCACUUGCUCGGACCGGCGAGCCAUGGAGUACGCUAAGGAAUACGCCAGCGCUUUGUCGCCGCGGACUCUCAUAAGGACUGUGUCUUCGGUGGGCUCGUCGAUCAGCAGGCGCGUUCUCUUCAGCCCGGAGGUACAGCCGCGGCCCUUUAGGGUCUGCACACAUGACCGGGGCAGGCGUAAAGGAAUGGUGGCCUCUUCGCUGGACAAUCUCCUCGCUAAGGCUGUGCAGGCUUUUCUGCUGACCUCAGAAGUGAUCACGCUGGUCCUGGAGGAGGACGGGACUGUGGUUGAGAAUGAGGAGUUCUUUCAGUCUUUGGAAACAAACACACAGUUCAUGUUGCUGGAAGGAGGGCAGAGGUGGACUCCAGCCAAGGGAGCCCCAGGUCUCAAGCGAUCUAAGAAAAAUGGAAUUGCCAAAUUCAGUUUUGACCUUUACAAAUUAAAUCCCAAGGAUUUCAUUGGAUGCCUCACCAUUAAGGCCAUUUUUUAUGACACAUACACAAUGUCAUAUGACAUUAAAUGUACAGGAGCGAAACAGGUGCUGAAGAUAGCCCUCCGUUACCUCUCCUAUCUGGCCCGAGUUGCUGGCCAGUUACUUCUCUAUAGUGCCUCAUAUGUGUAUCAGCGUAUCGGAGAAGAGGAACAGACAGGGACAUCGGGGACAUGGUGAUGCAACAAGAAGAUUCCUGAUACUUGAGUGCCUGACCUGCCUGUAGACAUACUGGCUGUGUUGAAUGUACUGUGUAUUUUAAUAAUUUUGAGGACCACACAAAUGUACAAUGUGUGAUACUACAUUGUGGGUAGUUCCUCCAGUAACUCUCAGAUCUCAGCCUGUUCAGUUAUGAUUGAUGAAUGUAUUAACUCUGCUGCCUCUGCUCAGAGAAAAAUACUGUAUAUAAUUGGCAAAAAAAUAUAAAAAAUGUUGCAAACUUAAUGGAAUCAGGAGAUUCUCAAUUAUCACCUAUAUUUUUCUUUUUAACAAAGUGUAUGUUUUAUUUAGAUAUACUCUAUAAUUUCCAUGCAGGCCACUCUGACAGACAGUGGGUUAUAACAUUUACAAAAUGGGUAUUAUGAAGUUUGAUGCAGCAUACUGUAAGGAGCCAAAUAGGCUAUGGACAGGUAAAAAAGUGACAUAAAUGUACCUUCUGAUAAAGAAAGCAGUAGGAAAUGCAAGUUCAGUUUGAUCAAAUCAUUCAGUCAAAAUAUUCAUACUUUAUUUAUUGAAUAGUGUAUUGUGUUAAUGUAAAGUAUACCUUUACAGGACCAAUUAUAAAGUUAUUACUAGCACUAAUAUACAGUAAACAAAAAGUCCACAACCAUUGCCUGUUAUCAAAUGUUUUCACAUUAUGUCAAAAUAAUAAAUAUUUUUAAAGGAC